UUUAGUCUUCCAAAUGGUGCUGUCUUUUAAAGUAGAAGCUGGCGCAGGUGGUUUUGGUUGAUAAAAACGGAUAAAACCGUGGCUGGAAACUUUGGUUCACCUUUUUCUCAUUUUUCUUUGUUGGGGUCAGUAACCUGUGAAGAGAGGAAAAAACAGGUGAAAAACCGGGAUUCAUCAGUGGUGGUGUUAAGACUGAAAUAGCGCAUGUUAGAAGAAUUUAUUAUUGUCUAAAGGCGACAACCAGGAUCCACCUGUUUAAACAAGCAAGCAAACAAACAAACAAACAAACUACAGGUAAAAGGGCUGCCAAGGGAUCAGAGGAGGAAAGUAACCAACCCUCAUCAUUGUCUACUGCUGCCCUCUUCUUCCUACUGUGCUGAUAUGUAUGCUGAGAAAGUUGUGACAGAGGGGAAGAUGGGGAGCAGGGGGAUCUCUUUGACCUGUGUGCUGACCCCCUGGCGGGUGAUCAUGGUAUGUGUAACAUUGAUGACCCUUGGAGCCAUUGGAGCUGCUGUUUGGGCCGUAGUGACAUUUUGCACAAUGGAGGAAGACACGGGACUCUAUGAUGUCCAGGUAAAUUCACCUGACCAACGUCUCAGAGUUUUCGACUCUGCUCAGAGGAGGUGGCGCCAGGUGUGUUCCUCCUCAGCCAAUGAACUUCUAGCUAGCAUCAGCUGUGAAGAAGUUGGAUUUGUCAGUGUGGUAAAUUACUCAGUCACAUCAGUGCCAGAAGCCAGCGGUGAUGGUGGAGAGUUCUUCUGUGUCCGACAGGAAGAACUUAGCUAUGGCAAGAAAAUCAAGGACUCAUUGUUUCCAUGUGAUUGUGAGAGCAGGGAAGUUCUCACACUUUUGUGCCAGGACUGUGGCAGACGGAGUUUUGCAGCAGACCGUAUAGUAGGAGGUGUGGAUGCAAGGCAGGGUAGCUGGCCGUGGCAGGUCAGUUUACAGUAUGAUGGUGUUCAUCAGUGUGGAGGAUCCAUCAUCUCAAACCGUUGGAUUGUUUCUGCAGCUCACUGCUUUCCAGAGCGCUAUCGCUUUGUUAGUCACUGGCGUGUACUGCUGGGCUCCAUCUAUAAUAAACCAGUCAAUGCUAACGUGGUGGAGGUGAAGACCAUUGUUUACCACAGCAGCUACCUGCCCUUUGUAGACCCCAAUAUUGACGACAACAGCAGAGACAUUGCUGUACUGGCCCUUACCCAGCCUCUCACUUUUAAUGAGUACAUCCAGCCUGUUUGUCUGCCAGCAUAUGGCCAGAGACUUAUAGAUGGACAGAUGGGAACAGUGACAGGCUGGGGAAAUGUAGGAUAUUAUGCUCAUCUAGCAGACGUCCUCCAGGAAGCAAACGUCCCCAUAAUCAGUGAUGCUGUCUGUAAUGCUCCUGAUUACUAUGACAACCAGAUCACCACCACUAUGUUCUGUGCUGGCUAUGAGAAAGGUGGCACUGAUGCCUGUCAGGGAGACAGUGGUGGUCCUUUUGUGGCAGCUGACUGCCUCUCUAAGGCCACUCGUUAUCGUUUGCUUGGAGUGGUGAGCUGGGGAACAGGCUGUGCCAUGCCCAAGAAACCAGGUGUCUACACUAGGGUGUCACGAUUUCUGCCCUGGAUAUCUACAGCCAUGAGGAACUAUCAGAACUCACCUGGUGUCCACAAGCUAGCACGAACAUGAAAUCCCUGCACCUGUCACUGCACUUGGAUGGUAGUAUGUCCAGUUCCUGUCGGUGAUACUGUGAUCAUACGAAGAUGAAACGCUGUGAUCUGCCUUCAUGGCUUCAAAUAUUAGUUCUCAUUUGAACAUUUACCCAGACUAACAUUUAAGACAUGAAGCUUGAAAGUCAUCAGUAAAGAGAACAUUUUUAUUAUGAAGUUAUAAAUAAACAUUAUAAUGUAAAAAAAUGUUUAAAAAAAUCACUGUACUAGAUUUAAAUUUUCAUCAGAUGUUCCGAGGUGUACUCUUGAGUUAGAAAUAACUAAUGUAACUCCUGAGCUAAACAACAUUAAAUUGCUAUUACAAUGUGAAACGGAAGUCAAAGAAUUCU